AUGCUGCAUAGGAUUGCUCUGGAAGAAUCUGCAGGAGACAAUGGGGGAUAUCGUGGCAUUAAGUGCCGCACAUACGAUAGACACUUUAGAAGAGAGUGUGAGAGAGUUAAUACGACAUACGACAUACGACCACGCAACCGAUCAAAGAUGUUCAGAGUUCUCCUUUGCAUUGGAUGCAUUCUAUACCUUCUCUUUGAGCAAUGGUCGGUGCCACUAGUUCUCCCUGGAAGUCCCAGCGAGAUUGUCGUAUCAGUGACUGAGCAAUCCAUGGAGUACAGAGAGUGGACAGCAGCUGAGAGCUACGGUAUGCAUACCAGUAGUGGAGUAAGUUGGAAGAGUCUUCAACCUGACGGCCAGUAG